CCAGGAUGCCGUUCCUCAGCGGCUUUCCCGGCUACGACAGCCCGUGGCCGCCCGCCUGCUACAAGCAGCACGUGCCGCCGCAGUACCUCCCCGACAUCUACCACGACAAGGAGACGUUCUGCAUUGUUCGAGACCCGUAUUCCAGAAUGGCCUCGCGCUCAGGGCCAGCAUACUCCGCACCCCCUGCUGGUCUCGCAGUUCCGCUUCCUGAUGAUCCACACGGCGUGGAACCAGCAGAAUUGCACAGCCGACGUCAUGAACCAGGCGUUGUUGGAAGACCUGACAGCCGCCAAGAAGGAGAAUCCUUACAUCGCAGAUUGCCACUACCUUCCACAGUCGACCUUCGUCCACGGCAUCAACCCAAACACGGUUGCU